AUGGAGGUCGAUACGCCGCGCCACGAGAGCCUCGUACUGAUGCCAGCCUACUCUGGCUUGCGGCCGGUGGAUGGUGAAGCUCAAAAGGUCCCUUCUCGCUUCCUCUUCCAGCUGCUCCCUCGCCGAUUCCCCGAGGCCGGCGAGGUCAAGGAACUUGCGCAGGCUAGCGAUCAGAGCCAGGGUGUUUUGCAGGCAAUGGCGCCCAAUCUUCCUCAUGCGCUCAUCCUUGACCCACGGUCCGCAUGGGAUGAGGAAGAGCUUCUCCUCGACGUCAACGAAACCGACCUCGCGGCACCAGGCCGGAUACUGCUGGGCCUUGGAAAGGUCUCGACCGACCUUGGCCGCUCCUUCGACCACCAAGCAGGCCCAACGAUCGAAGGCGGUCCCGCGGACGGUGCCGUCAAAGUCGUGCAUCUUAAAGGCCACGUCGCAGAACUCUAUGUAUCCGCCGGGCGCGAGGUUGUCGAAGGCCCGCCGCAUCACCGUCUUGGUGCUGUCGAAGCAGGUGAUGACAAAGCGCAGGUGGAUGUAGUCGAACCGGUGGGCAAAGGCCCACUCGUCGUGCUCGACGUCCUGCUGCACAAAGGAAACGUUGGGCACGGCAGACUCGCGCUGGAUGGCGCUGAGGUCGGUCCCGACAACCUCGCACCCCUCGUUCUGCUCGGCUGGACGGCAAGGGGGGGCGAGACCGAGCCUCCCGUCAAAGACGAGAAGCAACAUUGCAUGUUGAAAGUCAACAAAACCAUCAGCGCCCGGGUGAAGCUUGGCCGACGCAGUGUUUCAAACACUCACCGAGACGAUCUUGCUCUUCCUGCUCUUCGCGUCAGCAGUUUCAUUCUUGACAGACAUCCUCGAAGCCUGAAUGGACAACGUACACCGUCGUUGGGCAUGAAAUACGCUGUUCUCGUCAGCCACGGGGCAGAUGAUCUGCAACGAGCAACCGCACGGACAUCCUUCAUGAUACCCCUGGUAGGUCCGGCCCAGUUCUGCAACAGCAUCCGGGGCCUUGACAGCAUUUCGCCUGUCAGGAAUGACCUUUAUGAGACUUCUUCCAUCCACGGCGUGGAGUGGGAGACCCUCUCACCUCCUUAUCUUGACGUUGUCAUCGGAAUCACAUGCCGGAUCGAUCUCCAGCACGUCUCGGUGAACCGAGAAGGCGUCCUUUUGGGAUGUCAUGGCCGUUUACAGUCCACACGUGGCGAUGAUGGCGUGACGGCAGGAAACCGAUGGCGUCUCUGGCAACAGAGUUGUACGCUCGCACUCUCCACUCUAUGGAAGGAAGGGCGCACAGGAGAGCAGACGACGGCCCCUUAUGAAGGACUUGUCGGCGGGCCACAUAACGGGCGCAGACAACAAGUUACAGCCGACGCCGAUGCAGGCACAAAGUGA